UGCCUCUAACUCUCUGUAGCCAUUCCUGAAUUUCUUUCAGCACUGGGAAAACCAGUCUAUGCACCAAAAAUGUCUAAAACUGGACCCAAGAUUACUUUCUAUGAAGACAAAAAUUUUCAAGGCCGUCGCUAUGACUGUGAUUGCGACUGUGCAGAUUUCCACACAUACCUAAGUCGCUGCAACUCCAUUAAAGUGGAAGGAGGCACCUGGGCUGUUUAUGAAAGGCCCAACUUUGCUGGGUACAUGUACAUCUUACCACAGGGAGAGUACCCUGAAUACCAGCGUUGGAUGGGCCUCAACGACCGCCUCAGCUCCUGCAGAGCUGUUCAUCUGCCUAGUGGAGGCCAGUAUAAGAUUCAGAUCUUUGAGAAAGGGGAUUUUAGUGGUCAGAUGUAUGAAACCACCGAAGAUUGCCCUUCCAUCAUGGAGCAAUUUCACAUGCGAGAGAUCCACUCCUGUAAGGUGCCGGAGGGUGUCUGGAUUUUCUAUGAGCUACCCAACUACCGUGGCAGGCAGUACCUCCUGGACAAGAAGGAGUACCGGAAGCCCAUCGAUUGGGGUGCAGCCUCCCCAGCUGUCCAGUCUUUCCGCCGCAUUGUGGAGUAAUGACAUGAAUGGGGCCAUAUUCUUCCUGGGGCCCAAAUGCUGGCUGGCCUUGUGGUCCAAAUAGGCAUCAUCAAUAAAACAGUUGGCAUGCAUCCCA